CAGCAGCUAAAAAAAAUCCAAGUAACCAAAAAAAUCCCCUUCCCCCGCCGCAACUCCCCCAGCGGGGGCCCGGGGCUGAGGCGGCUGCAAGCGGGGGUGGCCCGGCGCAGAGCCCCGGGGAUCUCGGUGCAAGGGCUGGGCUGGGCAGGCGGAGUUGGGGGGGCUGCCGCCUCCUUCCCCCCCCCCCUUUGUGUGCAGCAGACUCCGCUCCGCUGCUGUGAGAUGAAUUGUUAAUUAUUCCCAGCAAAAAAGCGGCUCGGAGCCCCGGCCCGAGCGGGGGGCGAGCGGCUGCCGGCGCGUAUGUGGAGAGUCUGAGUCCACCCCACUCCGCCCAGCGCGCAGUGACCAAUCAUGGACGUGCAGCCCCAGGAAGCUUCCCUGACGGUUAACGAGCAAGGUUUGUGCCCGUUGAGAUCUUACUUACGCUUUGCUGUCUGCUUCCAGGUCAUUGUGAUGUCGAGUCAUGAGACUAUCCGAGUGCUGGAGGUGGGAGUGGACGCCCCACUUCCAGCAGAGGAUGAUGGGAAAGCUUUGGAACCAACAGCUGGAGAGGUCGCAAGUAGCUGCCCCGUGGAAACAAGUGAACCAGGAAGAGAAGAUGUGCAGGCAAACCUAGAGACCACGUGUGGAGGGACAACUGGUGAAGUAAAGUCACUGCCUGGAAUAGCUCCCGCCAGCGUCUCAUCUGUCACCACCUUCAGCCCAGCAACGAGCCAGCCGACCCAAACCCUAACUCCCUUGGCAGUGCAAGCCGCGCCACAGGUCUUGACUCAGGAAAACUUAGCAACAGUUGUGACAGGAGUAAUGGUUCCAGCAGGGGCAGUUACUCAACCUCUUCUUAUCCCCAUCAGUAUUGCAGGUCAAGUGGCUGGUCAGCAGGGGCUGGCUGUGUGGACAUUUCCUACAGCAACGGUCGCUGCCCUUCCCGGACUGACGGCUGCUUCUCCUACAGGGGGAAUUUUCAAACCACCUAUAGCCAACUUGCAAGCUGCUGCGGUGCUGAACACGGCAGUGCCAACUCCCGUGCAGCCUGCCCAGCCACUGCAGGCUCCGCAGACGGUCCAGCCGCGGCCCUCCAUCCAAACGCAGGCCGUGUUCCAGCCGCAGCCCUCGCUCCAGAGCCCACCGGCCAUCCUGCCCCAGCCCGCUGCCGCCCCACCGCCACCCGCGGGAAAGCCGUUGGAGACGCAGACGCAAAUCACAGUCCAGCCUGCGGGAUUUGCCUUUAACCCUGGCAUAAUCAGUGCGGCUUCUCUCGGCGGGCAAACCCAGCUCCUCAGCUCGCUGGCCGCCGCCCCGGUGAUCGCGAACACCAUUCCCAGCGUCCAAGGGAUAACGAGUCAGAUCCUGACCAAUGCCCAGGGACAGGUCAUUGGGACGCUGCCCUGGGUGGUGAACCCGGCUGGGAUCACGACGGCCAGCGCCACCCCAGCUGUUUUGCCAGCCCAGAACCUGCAGGUGCAGGCGGUGACCCCGCAGCUGCUGCUGAACGCCCAAGGGCAAGUCAUUGCUACAUUAGCCAGCAGCGCCCUCCAGACGGCGGCCAUCAGGAAACCCAGCGCCCCAGAGUCCCCAGCAAAGAACGAGAUUCAGCCAAUCCAGCCUGCCCCUGCUCUGCCCCAGCCAGCUGUGGUCAUCGCAAACCCAGCCCCUGCUGCUAAGCCCUCUUCCGUGCCUGUUCCCAUCACUUGCUCGGAGACCCCGACAGUGAGCCAACUCGUUUCCAAGCCUCAAACUCCUAAUACGGGCAUCGAGGAGGAUGGAAUCAACCUAGAGGAGAUUCGGGAGUUUGCCAAGAACUUUAAGAUCCGACGUCUGUCUCUGGGCCUGACGCAGACACAGGUGGGUCAAGCUUUGACGGCUACGGAAGGACCUGCCUACAGCCAGUCUGCCAUCUGCAGGUUUGAGAAGCUGGACAUCACCCCCAAGAGCGCCCAGAAGCUGAAGCCCGUGCUGGAGAAGUGGCUGAGCGAGGCCGAGCUGCGGAACCAGGAAGGGCAGCAGAACCUGAUGGAGUUUGUGGGCGGCGAGCCCUCCAAGAAACGCAAGCGCCGCACCUCCUUCACGCCCCAGGCCAUCGAGGCCCUCAACGCCUACUUCGAGAAGAACGCCCUGCCCACCGGCCAGGAGAUCACCGAGAUCGCCAAGGAGCUCAACUACGACCGCGAGGUCGUCCGGGUCUGGUUCUGCAACCGCCGACAGACACUCAAAAACACUAGCAAACUCAACGUCUUUCAGAUCCCCUAGGGGGGCAGGUGGGAGGAGAGAACCCUGCCCGUCUCAGCCCGGCCACCCCCAGGAUCCUGCCGUGAGCACUUUGUGACUAACUGUUCCCUAGGCCUUGCCCCUGCCCACCUCCUCCCCCAGCCCCACUAGCCCAGCUUCGCUGACUGCAGCCGGGCAUUAUUUCCCCCCCGCCGUAUGCAUAUAUCCGUGCCCUUCAUCCUCACAGGAUCUGACCAUGUACACGUCGGCCAUCACACGCCUAGCUCCUUCCUUCUCUUGCUCCUGAGUGUAACAUGUAGUGAGUGCUAGAGAAUCAUAGAAUCAUAGAAUAUCAGGGUUGGAAGGGACCCCUGAAGGUCAUCUAGUCCAACCCCCUGCUCAAAGCAGGACCAAUUCCCAGUUAAAUCAUCCCAGAAGUGGGAAGUGGGCAGAAGUGGGGCAGGGCACAGGGAGUGCUGUGAUCCGUGCAUUUCUGUGUCACACAAAUAUGUCAGCCACACGAACGACUUUCUUCUUUUCUAGAAUUUCCUGUUUCUCCAAGGUAGCGUCAGGGCCUGCCAGGAGGCCGGUUGGGUCCGGGAACAGGCAGAUGUGAAGCCUGCUUCAUUUCAGUCCCUUUUUAUUUCGGAACCCUGGCUGUCCCGUGUGAGACACAAGCUCUUGGUAUCUAACGGUAUCUAGGCAGAGUAGCUUAAUUUAUAUCCCCUUCCCUAUGAGUACAAAGCACUAUCCAUCAAAAGACUUUAAAAGGAAGUUUCUGCAUAUGAUUAGCUGCUAGGGCUUGGGAUCACGUGUAAAGAGCCAGUAGGUAGCUCUCUUACUAACCUCAUUUGCCAGAGGAGAACCGGCCACCUGCGUCCUGGCAUCUCCCCUGCCACCCUUGGGAAACGGAAGGUUCAAUUGCACUAAAUGGGAUUGUUUCUAGAGGAAGAAAUGGACAGAACCAGCCGGGCCAGGCAGCUUCUUCACCAAAGUGAGGCCUCUGAAGGUGGACAGGGUGUGAGCCCUUUCAUUUGCUCCAUCCUCUUUCUUUUUUCGCGUUGGCUCCUGUUGAAGUCAAGCGUUACACGUUCCCCUGCUAGGGCUCGAGCCUGGGGAUCUAAAGCAUGGGCCUCUGUUAGCUGGGAGGCACAAACCACUCUAAGUGGUCUCACCAGGAGAGGGGGACCAAAGAGCCAUGCCGUGGAGCCGGGGCUCUACAGGGUACAUUUACCUUCCUCCUGCAGGGUUCUACGCUUACCUUUUGAGCGUGGCUUUUCUGAAGGGGGUAAUCUGGAAAACGAAAGGACGGGCCAACUCUUGCUAAGUGCUGGAAGGGGGAUGGGGAAGUGGCAGCAGCUGUAAGAGAAGAGACCAUCAGCUGAUUGUCUUGUCGACUUGCCAAGUGAAGGGGGGGCCGACUCCAAGCCAUCAGCGCCAGCCCUCCUCCCUGUGGGAAAGUGGCCAGGCAAAGGACUGAGACUCUUUACAAUGGAGACGAACCAGGCCCGGGGUGUGUGUGUGGAAGGAACAGCCUUCAGCUUUGAACUACAAAGUCCCUCCUUGUGCGGCUCAACAAUCAGGAGACGCUCUCCAGGGGGCGUCAAUGCCUUCUUUAACCAGCAGCCUUUUAGAGCGCGUCGGAUGUCGCCUGAACGUGUCGUCCCCUGCCACCGCCUGUGUGGCGUCAUGGCAAAGCGCGCCAGAGCCCAGCUCUCAGGCUGGAUGCAGGCAGGUGGGAUCUGUCCCGAGAUCUCUCCCAGGUGCCCUCUUUCUAAGCUGGGUUCAGUGCAAAAGGGGAAUAAGUGGAGGAAGCUGUGUGUAUUAGGGUCCUUCAGGGAGGGUGGGGCCAGCCUGUUCCUGUCUGUAUAUGCACUGUGUGUCUUUAACAUAAGAAGGGAAUGGGAGGUGUGUUUUGAUGUCAUGUGAAAGCCAAAAUAUAUAUAUAUACAAAUGAUUUCACAAUAUCCCUUAACUGUAAACCCAGGAAAAGGUCCUAUUUGGUACUGCCUCUUCUGCUUAUCUUAAAGAGACAGUGCUGGUUGCCUCGGGCCUAAGCAUUUAAAAAAACCAAACCAAACCAAGGUCUAAAUUUCAGUCCCAAAGCAGAUCAUCAGAAAGUAGCUUCUGCUGCUAAGUGGAGUGGGAGGUUCUGUUUGCCUGCAUGGUAAUGAGAGGUGGUAUCAGAUCCUGUCACAAUUUCAUCUGCAGCCAGGGGCCCACCUACGGGCUAGGAAAGCGUCAGGUAGCCCAUUAGGAUGAGAAUCUGGUUUCGGUGUCAGCUGGCCCUAUGCUUUAUGGGAGCUUCCAGUGUCCCACAAAGUUCUCUUUAUCCCAGGAGAUAUAGGAUGGUUAUGGGUCUGACAUCCUGAUCUCCAGGACACAUCCCAGAGGCUAGUCGUUAUUCCUAGAGGAAUCUCAAAAGAGGCUGUGUCCUAGUUCAUCGCCCACCUUCCGAAUGGCAGCAGGAGUGAGCUUUCUGCUCCAGAAGGGUGGCGCUGGGGGUUCAGCGUAACUCGCUGCCAGGCAAAAUGUUUAUACGUCACGUUGAUUUGGGGACAGCCGACCUGGGCGGGAUGGGGGUCAGUUGAGGGUCUUGCUGAACUCAAAAGCUGCUUUGGUUUUACCGCAUUUUUAUCGGGCAAAGACGGCGUUCCACAGAUCUGCCUGCAGGCUGAAUGGAGCGCGAGUGUCACCAGCCCAGGACCAUGAGACUCAGCCGGGAGAGGAGGAACAGGGGAAAGACUAAGCAGAUUAAUUUGGAAGCAGCUGCUGCCCCCACAAGCAGACUUCAGUCCCAGCAUCAGCAGGGCGAUUCUGCUGUGCAGUAGAAUUUCUUGGCACCUUCCCUUCCAAUCAGGCUUUCGCUAGCAUGUUUGGGUGGUCCCCUGCCCUGAGUUGAUGCUGCUGUUCCCAAGAUGCUACAAGCAAAGCUAGCCAUUCCGUUGGCUGCCUGGUGUGGGGGUGAUACCAAUGCCACACCGGCAUUGCUGAUUCCCCAAACCUCUGCCCCGUUCAGAGCAGAACGGGGUGCUCGAGGGGCGCAUCUGAAUCUGUCCAAAGAAGGUUUCUUAGAGGGAGGGUUGUGAUUUUUUGUUUUUCAGGAAGUACCUUUCCGGAUCUGCUGUCCCUCCACCUCCGUUUGGAAUAGCUAGGGCAGGGUUGGCAGGCAAAUUCCUCCCUAAUAAAGGUGAUCCAUCUCCCUCUUUCCCUGCCCUAAGAGAUGAGUGUUUCAGUGAUUUCCAGACACGGCCAGAGUGGUGGGCAGGACUGGGAGCAAAAGCGGUUUCAUUAUCAUCCUUGUAGCAGGAGGUGGUUUAAAUGCCGCCGCCCCGGGUCAAUCAGAACCCAACAUGCUAUCACCAGUCCUGUGUCUCCAGCUUCCAAUCUCCAGGGCUCCCCGCACUAAGCCAGUCCUCAUUGGGCGGGCCAUUCCCCUUUGCUUCAGUUAACACCACUGCCUAGUUUCAAGAGAAGCUGGUGGAUUUCAGAGUGCCGUGUGAGGUGGUGUAAG